AGGAAGGAAGGAAGGAAGGAAGGAAGGAAGGAAGGAAGGAAAGAGGGACAGCGGACCUACAGAAAAGAGCUCAGUGUGGGCACUGCUUCUCUUGAAUAGACUCCACCAAUUCCUUCAGAAUGAAACUAGAGGUAUUUGGGGUUCUUGUUUGCAGACCACCAUCCCAGAAGCACGUUUUCUCAAAUUGAAAAGUCUGAGUGGUGUCCAAAAUGAAUCUGAUUGAGUACUCCCAUUUACAGGCCAUGGAUGAGUUUUCUCUUUCUGAAAACUUAUUCGGUGUGCUGACAGAACAGGCGGCGGGUCCUCUGGGGCAGAAUCUGGAUUUGGAAUCAUACUCGCCAUACAACAAUGUCCAGUUUCCGCAAGUUCAGCCACAGAUUUCCUCAUCAGCCUAUUAUUCCAACCUGGGUUUCUACCCCCAGCAACCAGAAGACUGGUAUUCUCCUGGAAUCUAUGAACUUAGGCGAAUGCCCACCGAGACUGUGUACCAGGGAGAGACUGAGGUGUCAGAGAUGCCUGUGACAAAGAAGCCCCGAUUGGCCACAUCGUCAGUGGGAAGAAUAAAAGGCGAUGAGCUGUGUGUUGUCUGUGGAGACAGGGCCUCUGGGUACCACUACAAUGCGCUCACCUGUGAGGGCUGCAAAGGUUUCUUCCGGAGAAGCAUUACCAAAAAUGCCGUGUACAAGUGUAAAAACGGGGGCAACUGUGUGAUGGAUAUGUACAUGCGAAGGAAGUGCCAGGAGUGCCGGCUAAGGAAGUGCAAAGAGAUGGGGAUGUUGGCUGAAUGUAUGUAUACAGGUUUGUUAACUGAAAUUCAGUGUAAAUCUAAACGACUGAGAAAAAAUGUGAAGCAGCACGCAGAUCAGACCAUGAAUGAGGACGGGGAAGGACGGGACUUACGACAAGUGACCUCCACGACCAAGUCAUGCAGGGAGAGAACUGAACUCACCCCAGACCAGCAGACCCUCCUGGAUUAUAUUAUGGAUUCAUACAACAAACAGAGAAUGCCUCAGGAAAUAACAAAUAAAAUCUUAAAAGAAGAAUUUAGUGCAGAAGAAAAUUUUCUCAUAUUAACAGAAAUGGCUACCAGUCAUGUACAGAUUCUUGUAGAAUUCACAAAAAAACUUCCAGGGUUUCAGACAUUGGACCAUGAAGAUCAGAUUGCUCUGCUCAAAGGGUCCGCUGUUGAAGCCAUGUUCCUCCGUUCAGCAGAGAUUUUCAAUAAGAAACUUCCCGUUGGACAUGCAGAUCUGUUGGAAGAAAGAAUCCGAAAGUGUGGCAUCUCUGACGAAUAUAUAACCCCGAUGUUCAGUUUUUACAAAAGCGUUGGGGACUUGAAAAUGACCCAGGAGGAGUACGCACUGCUCACGGCAAUCGUCAUCCUCUCUCCAGAUAGACAAUACAUAAAGGAUAGAGAGGCAGUGGAAAAGCUUCAGGAACCUCUGCUGGAUGUUCUACAAAAACUGUGCAAGAUUUAUCAGCCUGAGAACCCUCAGCAUUUUGCCUGUCUCCUGGGCCGCCUGACGGAACUUCGGACAUUCAACCAUCACCACGCUGAGAUGCUGAUGUCUUGGAGGGUGAAUGACCACAAGUUCACCCCUCUCCUCUGCGAGAUCUGGGAUGUGCAGUGAUGCCCACAAGGGGGGGCUGACUCCUUGUCCUCCUUAGAACAUCCAUCUGAUAUUUGACUUGCCUUGUUUCAUUUGUAUCUGGUUUCACGAAAGAAUCUCAAUGAAUAUUUAUGCAGCAAUUGUAUAACUCCCACAAUUGUAAAAACAGGCUAGGUAGAAUUGCUUUCUACACAUUAUAUUUUACAAGGCUUCAGGAAACCCCAUUGACACACCCUGUUUGCCUACUUAAAUCAAUUGUUACUUCAGUUCUGUCUUCUGAGCUAGGGACAACCUCAUUUUAUUCCUCGUUUGACAAUAUUCCAUAUAUUUUAUUAAAGAGCUGUCUUCAACUGAGAGAAUAAAGUAAACAAAUAGUAAACGA